AUGAGAGGGCCAGCAUCGCGCGCUGCCCCGUUCCGUUCUAACACACUCAAUCGUUGCUGCAAUCACUGUACUGAUAACUCAACUCGCGGAGGAACUGCGGACACGACCGUUCCUGAAGCUGUUCGCGGCAGGAUUGAUGAAGGAGUCGACGAGCGCGCGGCGCGCACGCUCAGCGCCACGUGCGCGCCGCACGCUUGGCGGCACGUGCUGCACCCGCGUCCGCCGUCCCCCCUCGUCCCGCACCCCGCGCCCUCUCGCCGCCCGCCCUCGAGGGUGGAACCACCCCCUCUGGACGUCAUGGAUAUACUCGGCUGGCUCGAAAUCCUAUUGUCAACUUAUAAUGAAGUUACAGUACAAACUGUAGCCCCGCUCAAACACUUCAACCUUGAGCAAGUACAGCCUAUGGCCACCGAAACAGGCGGUAGAUACGAGCAUGCGCUUAAACGAUACAGAAAGGGAUGUAUCGUAGAUCAAGAACAGAUAGAAAAGCCUCAAUCUAACCGCGAAAUGAAAAGUUCAAUGGAUAAAAGUUGCGAUCGGUCACAUGUGCGCACUGUGACCAAAGUGUACUUUACCGCGAUUGGUUCGCGGCCCGCGGUCGGUAGCGGCAGAGAGUCUCGCCAUUGGCGGCUGCCGCCGGCGUCGGUAAAGCAGCCAACGUCACAGCACGUGACGGCCGCCAGUGAAGGCCACAAGCGCAAGUGGCGCGGUAAUGUGCAGAUGUCGCCACUGUGCCGCUUGUUUACAAGUUUCGACAUAACAUGCUAG